UGAUUGAAAGAACAAAAACUGCUGCACGCCGUGGUUGUGACUGAGUAGCAGCAGAGUAGGACGGAGGCUGUGAGCAGCAUUUGAACGCAGCGUUUGCAGGAGCGGGCGGUAGCUGCUCGAUAACCCUCCGAGCUGCAGAGCUAGUGCAGCGAGUACGGCCAGGUACGGCAGCGUCCUGCCUCCGUGAACGUGGCCUUUUAACGAGUGCUGAAUCAAAAUAGCUCCAUUUUAGCAAGCCAGCACCAGCCUCCGCAGCCAUGGCGGCUGAGGCGGACAAAGUAGAGCCCGCGGACAGCGAGCAAGACGAGGGAGAAGAUGUGUACGAAGUGGAGAGGAUCAUUGACAUGCGGGUGGAAGAGGGCGAGGUGCUCUACAGAGUCCGUUGGAAGAAUUACUGCUCUGAUGAUGAUACAUGGGAGCCAGAGGCCCAUUUAGAGGACUGUCGUGAGGUCCUCUUAGCGUUUAAGAAGUCCAUGGCUGAUGCCAAGGCCAAGAAAGAGGCAGAAACCAAGAAAAGCGUGAAACUGCUGCCUACAAAGAGUGACGUGUUUGAUGCAGACUCCGAAAGUGACAGCGACAAAGACCGUCCAACUGAUGCUCCCUUAAAGAAGAAGAAGAAGACAAAGAUCCGGGAAGAAGAAGAGGAACCACCUCCGAAGGAGAAAAAGAAGAAAAAGAAAGACAAACGGAAGGAGGAGUUCAGGCCUUUACCGGCACCAGAAACGGACGAGGAAGAAGAAGAGAGAGCACCAACUCCAUCCUCUCCUCCCAAGGAGAAAAAAACUGAAUUGAAAAAGCGAGUGGUUGACUCUGAAGAGGACGACGAUGAGCCUGUUCCCUCCAAAAAACACAAGAAGGAAAAGGGAAAGGAGGGAGGGAAGCAUAAGAAAGAAAAGGGAGAGGAGGGGAAGAAAAAGAAAGGGAAGAAGGAAAAGAAAAUCGAAACUUCUGAAGACGAGGCUGCAGCACCUCUAGAAGACGACCUGAGCGACGGCCCGUCAGAGUCCCAAAUGGACGAUACCACAUCAACAGAUACCGCAGCAAAGUCAGCAGAAAAGUCACGUUCGGACGACAAGUCGAAACAAAAGAAGGGGAAGUGGGAAGUAAAGUUGCAGGGUAUUAAGGACCUCAUCCACGACAAAAAGAACAGAAAGCCUGACGCCACGCAGAAGGAAAGCAGCCUCCAAAAACUAAAGAGCCUCACCUCGAAAAGCAAGGAGGAAGCUGCCCCACUGUCAGACUCCAGCGACAGCUCCACACUACACAAGAAAGCCAAGAGCAAAGGGCAGGAGAGCUCGUCGGCACCACCAAAAGUCCUGUCUGCUUCCGCGUCCUCAUCGUCCUCCUCCUCCUCUGUCACAGCAACUGGCAGCACCAAGGGCAAGGAGGAGGAGGUGGUAGCCAAGGAGGAGCCGGUGUUGGGACCGAAAGAUGCCACAGGCUCCACCAACCUGUUUGAGAAGUUCCUAUUAAACUGCGAGGCUAAGGACCGCGCCCCCCGCAGACAGCCAGUGCAUCAGCCCACGCCAGAAAAGACCACCCCCACCACCACCACCACCACUAGCAAACCCGCAAAGGUAGCAGGAAAGUCUGAGAAGACCUCCAAGCAAAGCAAAGACUCUCCGGCUCAGAAAGGAGAACCUGAGAAGACGGAGAAGGCCAAGCAAUUAGAUGUCCUCAAGCCUGGCCAGAGUUACGGCUUCACCCUGGACAGUGAUGAGAGGGAAGGAGAGGACUCUGCAGCAAAGCAGAGAUCUGGAGACGAAUCCCGGGAGCGGAGGGAGAAGCCAGAGGAUGCACAGCGGCCCGGCUGGGAGAGGAAAACCCCAACAGACGACAGGAGGAAGAGGAAAGAGGACAGUGAGCCCAGGCUCUUCAUGGCAUGUGAUGACAAUCAGGACAUCCAGGACACACCAGAGGGCGCUGACAAAUCUGACAAGGGCCAAGCCACUUUGAGUCUCGGGAUGGACCUGAACCUGGACUGGAUGACUCUGGAUGACUUCCAGAAACAUCUGAAUGGAGAGGAUGAGAUCCUGUCAGGUCCGCCCUUAUCUCCCAGUGAGUUGCGGGAUGCUGUGAAAAGUGGAGAUUACAUGGCUGUAAAAUUGGCACUUAAUUCUAAAGAGGACUACAAUCUGGACCAAGAGGCUUGUACUAUUGGUGAGACGAAGUCAUAUGAAGGAGAGAGGAGCUUGAUUGAAGAGAGAAGUUCAAGUGAUGCUCUUAGGUUGACUUCUAACCCUGACAGUGCACGAAAUGAAGAGGGUACUCCAAAAGUAAAAGAGAUUAUCCCACAAGAUUUGGAUGGUCGAAAAGAUGGUGAAAAAAUGCCAAGUAGUCCUUCCAGUACAAACACAGAGCGAGUGACACUAAGGGAACAUGAAAAUGAGAGGGAUAUAACUGAACCCAAAAACACUGCUUGUGAUUCAGCUACCAUGCAGGAAAGUCAAGGAAAACAAUCCCUAACCCCUAACGCUAACUUUGAUCAUUCAAAUUCAGACAGAAAUGCAGAAAGGAUGCUGACAAGGGACGAUGAGGAAAUAGAACAAAAAGGAAUAGCUAACAAACUAAGUUCCACCAAGGAAGCAAAUGACUCAAGUGAAGAGGCAGAAGAUGUGGUCACAAGUCAGAUAGAUAGUACAGAUCAAGUUCUGUUUGAGUCAGGCACAAAGGAGAUUGCUAAAACACAAUUACGUCGCUGCAGGAAAAUUGUGGAGAGGAAGCAACCAACACGAUCCAGUUCAAGGACCUGUAAGAAAGUGCUUGAAACAAAACCAAGCACAGCAGAUGAUGAGAAAAAGGACUUGUGCAAAAAGCACUUCUGUUUGUACUGCAAAAUGUCUUUUACACAACUUGCAAAGCAUUUGGAAAGGAAACAUGCAGAUGAAACGGAAGUUGCCCAUGCAGUACACUUUCCCAAAGGUUCCAAAGUCAGACAGAAUUUGCUUGACCAAAUCCGUAAUAAAGGAGAUUAUGAACAUAAUUGCCAAGUUCUCAAAAGUGGCGAGGGGGAAAUUGUCACUAAGAAGCAGAUAAAAAAUCCUAGCGUAUCUGUCCGUGACUUUCUGCCUUGUCAGCACUGCUUUGCUUUUUAUCGCAAAACUGAUUUGUGGAGACAUGAGCGGUCCUGUAAGGCCAGGAAAGGGGAUCAGAAAUCCUCUGAAAGGACAAAAAGGAGUGAUAGUGCUGCUUCCCUGCUGCUUCCAAUGUCAGAGUUCUUAACCGGAGGCUGUGAGGAGAUCAUCCACAUCAUGCAUCAAGAUGACAUCUCGAGGCAUAUCAGAAAUGACCCACUUAUUUGUAAAUAUGGCAAUGCAUUGGCUGUUAAGUAUGACCAUGACAAGUCUCAGUUUGCUUAUAUUGCACAAAAGAUGAGGGAACUGGGUAGAUUUGUGCUCGCUGUAAAUGAGCUUGAUAAGAGUGUGAAGUACUUGCAUGAAGUAUGUCUACCAUCCAGAUUUGAAUUAGCCGUUGAAGGGGCUAAAAAAGCUAGUGGUUUUGAUCCCAGUUCCAGUAAGUUUAAAACCUUUUCCCUUGUCUCAAAGAUUGGAUACUCUUUGAAACGAGCUGCAGAAAUAGCUUUCGGGGAAAGUCGCAUGACAGAAGACAGUGACACUGAAAGUGAAGUGAAAAAGUUCAUACAGCUUCUUGAUACGAAAUGGAAUGAGUGUUUUACUCGCAAAGCUCUUGCAUUAUCUUUAAAGCAAGAAGUCAAGAAAGUGGAAGUAGACAAAUCAACUGUGACAGAAGAUUUGAUAAAACUUCACAGGUUUAUUACAGGGGAAGAAGAUGAAGCCAGGAACGAGCUGAAAGAAAGUCCUAGUUUGUCAACAUGGAAAAAGCUCAGUGAAGCCACUCUAGCAGAUGUGUGUCUGUUUAACAGAGGAAGAGUAGGAAAUAUUGGUAGAAUGCUCCUGCAAACCUAUACUUGUAAAAAGAGUAGGGGAACAUUUGUGCCCUCUGCAGAUCAAAUAAGGAAAAGCACAAAAUUGGAGCUUGACCUUGGUGCCAGUUUUACCAGGUUGGAACUAGAAGGUCAGUAUGGAAGGAACAUGCUGGUUUUGCUAACAGAAAGGAUGGUUUUGUCAAUCGAUUUGCUCAUCGAAAAUCGAGAACAAGCAGGUGUGUCAAAAACUAACCCAUAUUUGUUUGCAAGGACUGAAGGUCCCUCCUUCAUCAGAGGAUUGGACUGUUUCCGGAGGGCUGCAAUGGAAUGUGGCGUUAAAAACCCAGAAGCACUUCUGUCCUCCUCAUUAAGAGAGCAAAUUGCCAGCUGCUGGCAGCUAAUGAGUCUCACUGAACAUGAACUGGAAAAAGUGGCCAAACUGGUCGGAAGGAGCAGCCAGGAGUGUUACAGGCUCUCAAGAAAUCCAUCACAGCUGGAGGAAAUGAGCAAACAACUUCUUAAGAUAGAUCAAACACUGCCAUCAAGUCCACCUAGCACUGCUAGAGAUGGAACUGUACAGAAGGCUGCUUUAAAGAGAAGACCUUGGACUGAGAAGGAGCAGGCUGCAGUGAAGCGUUACUUAUGUGAAUUUAUCAGAACGAUGAAGGUUCCAGGCAAAAAGGAGUGCAAUGCUUGCAUAGCCGCUGAACCAGAUCUUGGUGGAAGAUCUUGGACAGAUGUCAAAAACUACGUACACAACACACUACAGACAAUACGGCGGAGAAAUAACCAGCAACACUCUGAAGGGAAUGUAAAUGAGAGUACGAAAACUACAGUCCAAACCACAAAGAAAGAUUUGGAAGACACAAACCUUGUUUGUAUGACAAGAGUGCAUCCAGAUGACCUGAGAGAAAGUUCAGAUUGUUGUAUGACAAUGGUGCCACCAACCAACUUAAGAGAAUCCUCAACACCAUUCUCCCAAGAAAUUACUUCAAGUUAUGCAUCCUUAUGUUCUACUAGUACAGAUAUGGUCCAUACGAGUCAACCAUUGAUUUCAACGUUCACACCACUCAAUGCUACUGAUACACAAGUUGUUCCUACAUUUACUCCACACAACACUACCAAUGCACUUAUGCCUCCUGUAUACACAUCAGAGAACAACAUAAUUAUGCCAUUGUCUCCUCAUUAUACACAGAAUGCCACAAGUAUGGCACCCCCUUCUGUGUAUGCACCACAGGACACUACAAGUUCACCAAUGAUUCCUACUUAUACUACCCUUAAUGCUCCAAGUACCUCAAUGGUGCCUACAUUCACACCAUUGAAUACUCCAAGUUCACCAUUGAUCCCUACAUACUCAACACUAAAUGACAGAAGUAGGCCUAUCGUUUCUUCAUUCACACCUCUGAAUCAUUCAAAUACACCAGCUUACCCGACAAACCCAUCCAGAGGCCCCACAAAUGCACAGGUUGUCCCAACAAUUCAUAGACCCAGUAUUCCUGGCAGAACACUAAUGGGACAGGAAAGUACAUCCACGCCCACUGCAGUCCCUACAGCUGCCAAGCCUCAAAAGAGAAACAAGAGAUUAUGGAGUGAGGAGGAGCAAGCAGCAGUGAGGCGUCAACUUGGAGACUUCUGUAAACUGGUCAAAGUGCCAGGCAAAAAGGAUUGUGAUGCGUGUUUAGCUGCUGAACCUGCCUUGAAUAGCAGAACAUGGAGGGAAGUCAAAUAUUUUGUACAUAACUCAAUUCAGUCAAUGAAAAGAAGAGGACAUCCAGUUGCUUCCAAACAAAGUGGAGGACAGGAACCAGAAAUUCAUAAUCCAAACAUAGAGUGGGAUGGUCCUGUUUAUCUGUCCCUGUAAAUAUUUGUUAUGAACUUUACUGAUCACUGAUCAGUCACAUUUCAGAGCUGUGUGAGGGCUUUAAACACAAAUUAUUAGGAGGUUCUGCAUUCAGCAGAUGUGAAUUGUACUGUCAGUGAACCUUGGUCUCACUAGCUAUACAGAUCAUGACAAUUACAGACUGCUCUACCCGUCGCACUUUUUAAGAAAUUCUUGAAAUAUUCAGAAUCAUGUCCAAUGGACCAAGCUAUUAGUGUGCAUGAAUAUUCAGAACUGGUGGAACAAAGGCCGUUUUUAACUGUAGCUUUGGCUCAGAAAAACCCAAUAUUGGUGUUUAAUAUGGUUAGAUUGCAUACAUGUAUGUAACAUAGUCAAAUAUGUAACACUGUCAAUUUGUUAAAUCAUUGCCAGUUAUCUCUAGAAAUGUUUGAGUUUUAAAUAUGUAAUCAUUUAGUAAAUGUGAACCUAUUUUUUCCAGGAUUUUCAGUCUGCCACAAGUCAUUAGCUGCAGCAAUAAGCUGAUGUGGUACCCAAACACGCUUCCAGAAUUUUCAAACACAAUAUUUGUGAAAAUGGUGAAAGCAUUCACAAUUGUCUGGGACUCCCCAGCCACCGUGACCAGGGCAUUUCACACCCUACUCUGGGCAAGGGUAGUCUUAAUGACUGUACAUUUCUAGAGAGAUUUUUACUUUUACUUCAAAACUUAGGCGUCUAUCUUUCUGCCUGUACUGUUUGCAGUAGCAUUUUUAUCAAUUUUGAUGAUCAAAGAAGAAAUCUUACCAGCAAAUCUUUGCCACCAGUCCCUCCAACGUGAUAGAUGUGCAGUGACUUGCUCUUCAUAGUUCUCAAAUGCCUGGCCCAAAUGUAUAUUACUAUUGCUUUAGCCAGUAGCCUAUAUUGUAGAUGGCCCCUGAUAGCCUGCAGCAGUAAUGGCACACCUUCCUUGCUGAUGUUAGAGAAUUAGGAGCUACGUGUGUAUACCUCUUCCUUAAAUAUUAUUAUUUUUUUUUUUUCCUUUUGAGGAUCCUGUCGAUAAAUGUUCAUUAUCAUCAUUUGUGUUUGUUUUUAAUAAGCUGCCAAAAGGUUUGGUUGUAUUUUUGUAUCACUAUACAGCAACUGUGUAGAACAUUUUAGUACUUAUUUUAUUUGAUGUACUCUAAUUUGAGGUUAAAAAAGAAAACACCACCACAUUGAUCUUAUUUGUAUUACUUCAUUUUAAGCUCUUAUUAUCUGGAUGUUUUUGACAUUCAUAUCCAGUUGCCAAGAUCGAUUGCCUUAUUAUGUUGAUUAUUUGAUUUUACAUUUGUUUCCCCACUUAAUGUUGAUUGCAUCUCACAAGGUCAUUACAAAAGUUAAUACAUGACAAGAUUUAUAAUAUCUUGAUGUCACCAGAUGUUAGACAAUUGUUGAAAAGAUUAGUUUCCUUCCCUGUUGACGAGAUGUUAACCAUAUUCAGAUUGUUGUUAGCAUUAUCACCAAAUGCACCAGAAUGCAGAUUAGGGAAUUAAAACCAUUAAACAUUUAAUUUUAGUACUUCAUUGAAUUUUAUUUUGCAUACGUUUCAUUUUAUCCCUUUUUUUUCUUUCACAUACAAACCUUGCUGAAGGUUUAACACUAAAUAUUAAACACAUUCAGUGUGCAUUUACCAAUAGCAGGCUGCUGGUCACAGGCUUUGCGACUGUAGUCCUGGUUAUACAUUUAAUUUAAAAAAAAAUUGGUCACCACAGUGUAUUUUUUUACACUGCAUUUAACAUGCAGUCUAAAGUAAUUUUCACAAUUUUCUUUGAGAUCAAAAGGAGCAGAAGUUAUGGUUAAGAGUUCCAGAUGGCACUGCUGCUAUUUGUGAUGGACAGAAUAUUUUGUAUUAUCCUUAGUAGUAUCUGUAGUGAACCUGUGUAGAGUAACAAGUGUUCACCGUUUCAUACCAAAGCAGUUAGUUCAGACAUAACCUAAAAUCCUGACCGUGAGCAGGGUUGUUAACUCAUUCACACCAACAGCAAAUUGGUUUCCCCCGUGUCAUUGCCUCCUUGUGAAAGGGGUAUAUCUGUUUUGCAGUAUAUACAGUAGUUGGGGUUACACCCCAGAUACAGUGGUGUUUCAAAUGAUAAAUUAUCUUUCAAGCACUACCAUUGCUGUUAGGUGUUGCAAAGCAAAAAAAAAUGUUUUCUGUAGUAGGCGACUUUCUUUCAUUGCUAUUGUAUAAGCACACAGUGCGUGUUAUUCUUCUUUCUGGUGCAAUUAUGAUGCCUUCAGUUAAUGCUUCUUAUCAAGUAUUGUAAGGAACCUAUGACUUCUGCUUGUACAAUAAAAUGAUUCUUGGCUUACAAAAA